AUGUUCCUCACGAGGGCUUCAUCUCGUGCCCGGUGCGCUGGCGGCUUCGGCCCUGCCGUCUCACUGCGCACUCGAUACGGUAGCUCAUCCUCGUUUACCAGCACGAAAGCAAGCGCAUCGACAUUAGCCUCGGCUCGUAUUGUGGCAUUCUCAGCGCUUGCUCCUUCGCGUGCGCUCGCUGUGAACCGCCUAGACCGACGAAUCCCAAUCCUCGCGGCAAACCAUCACCUCGGCUCUCGAUGGUCUUCUUCAGCAGCGCUCGCUUCCACCUCGCCAGAGGCCGCCAAAGUUGCAGAAGAUGCCGAGACUGAGACCGAGAACGAUCCUUUCCGCAAGAUCGGCUACCUGUACUUUGAUACCGUCUUCCCCAUCCGGCUUGGUUUCUGGGACAUUCGAUACAUGCUCGCCUCGCUAGAGAAACGUUCCGUCCUCGAUCGCGUCAAGGCCAGCUUGCCUCCCGAUCAAAGCGUCGGCUACGGCUUCAAAGUCAUCGGUGCAGAAGAGCGUAUGAAGGAUGGAGGAGCCUUUGUCACUUUUUCCUACAGAGAAGACCCCAACGAAAAGAACGAAGAGUCGCUCAACAACAUCGAGAAGCGUCUCAAGUCCGGUGUUCGACGUGUCUUCAAUCCGCUCCUCUUCUUCCUCGGCACUCCUGGCGUCCAUGUCGUGCGAGGCAAGCCGUUCCGCGAGGAUAUGAACAUCUUCCCUGCCACGCGCAUCUUCGUCAAGCUCGAAGGCGGAGACGCUAGUGAGGAGCAGCUCUGGCAGACGUUGCGUCCCUACGGUCGCAUCGUCUCGAUCGUCAAGGAAAAGCCUUCCGAGGCUCUGGUCACCUUUUCGCGCAUCCGAGGUGCUACCAGCGCCCGCAACUGUGCUCACGGCCUGGAGCUACCCAAUGGCGCCAGAUUCAUCAUCACCUUCCGCAGCAUGCUCCGCAGCAAGCAGGCGUGGGACUGGAUCACGAACCAUCCAAGGCUGGUCUUUCCCCUGGUCGCUUUCCUCAUCGGCGGCAUCUCGUACAUGGUCUUUGAUCCCGUGCGCGAGUUCAUGGUCGAGAGCAAGGUGCACAACACGUUUUCGCUGGAUGAAUAUCGCGUCUACACCUGGCUCAAACGCAACACCGUGGGUCUGUUCAAGGACACCGACGGCGAUGCUAAGGGAGACGUCGACGACUGGUGGGAGCGCAGGCAAUCGGCAGAGACGAUUCAGGAGUGGAUCCGCGAGAAGCCGUCCACGUUCGUCACCAUCUCUGGCCCACGCGGAUCGGGCAAGACGGGUCUGGUGGGCAAAGCCAUCACGCGCGAAGUCCAGCAUCUCGUGAUCGACUGCGAUGCCAUCGCCAAGACGGCCAAGAACGACUCGCUGCUCAUCGACGCCUUGGCCAACGAGACGGGCUACUGGCCUGUGUUCAGCUGGCUGAGCAGCAUCAACAGCAUGAUCGAUCUCGCGGCGGUCGGUCUCAUCGGGUCCAAGGCUGGAUUUGCUACGCCGACCGAUGCACAGCUCAAGCAGAUCCUGGGCGUCACCACCAACGCGCUCAACCACAUCAACGAGCAGACGCAGAAACGCAUCGCAAAGGCGGAAAAAGCUCGCCUUGCGGCAGAGAAGAAGCUCAAGACCACAUCGGUACCUACUCCCACGACUGGUUUGACUGCCGUGCAGAACAGCGCUGCCGCGGAGAAGGAGUCGCUCGAAGAGAAGGCUUCGGCGCUGGCACACAACACGAUGGAAUCACUGCACAGCCUCGUAUCUGGCGAUGAUGCGGACGCGGAUGGGAAGAAGGACAAGAAGAAAUCCUUCGACUCGCCCGUGGUCGUCAUCAAGCAGUUCCAUCACAAGGGUAUCAAGCAGGCCAUCCUGCAUCAAGUGCUGGCCGAGUGGGCGGCGGAGUUGGUGACCAACGGUAUCGCCCAUGUCGUGUUUGUGUCGGACAAUCCGGUCGGGAUGGGUAAGGAGCUGGCAAAGGCAUUGCCGAAUGUUCCAUUCCAGGGCAUUGCGCUUGCUGAUGCAGAAGAAGACAAGGCGCGAAGCUACGUGUUCAACAAACUCAAGGAGAUGGGUCGGCUGCCUACGCUCGAUAGUGCCGAUGCAAAAUCGUCGCCGCCGAGCUACGGAGCGACUGCUUCGCAGUUCCAAGCAACACCAGCUGAAUUCGCAAAGUCAAACGCGGACUACACUGAUGAAUCAAGAGGAACUACGAAGAGCUCCGAGCCGCAGCACGCUUCUGCGUUGGACGAAGAAACAGCCUCUUGGGUCGACAAGCUCGGCGGUCGGCUCACAGAUCUCGAAACAUUGGUGCAAAAAGUAUCUUUGGGCCAGACAGUCGAAUCUGCCGUGCAAGACAUUAUCUCGCGCAGCGUGGUCGAGCUGCGCAAGAACGCGUUCGGCGACGACUCUGGCGAGGCCUCCUCCCUCCCCUGGACGCGAUCCCAGGCGUGGACCGUCGUCAACAAGCUCGCCAAGACGGGCGAGAUUUCGUACUACGGUCUGCUGCACAACGAGUUCAAAGGAAACGAAUCGGCGAUCAAGUCGCUCGAGCAGGCCGAGAUCAUCUCGGUGCGACAUCACGACGGACGACCCUCGGCCAUCCGCGCCGGUCGACCCGUCAUGCAGGAAGCGAUCAAACGUCUGGUAGGGGACAAAGUGUUCAACGAUACGCAGACGUUGAUGGCCAACGCGGGGGCGAUCGAGUCGGCAGAGAAAUCGAUGAGGACCAUCGAGGCUGAAAUUGCGGACAUCAGCAAGAUGAUCCAAGGCUCGCCGUUCAAGGUCGUUUCGGGAGCUGGAUCGACGAGCGGAGCGGUGCUACCGAGCGACGAGAAGAAGGAAGGUGGCAGCGGGUUGUUGGGGAUCUUCGGCGGUGGAAGUGGUGGACAGAGUGCGAUCAGUACCAGUGAAGCGGCCAAGGCGAGGACCGAAUUUUUGAUGUUCAAGAUGGCCGAGUUGCAGACCAAGAUCUCCAAGCUGGAUGCCAAGAACACGGGCAUCAAGGCAAGGUUGGCCAGCCAUGUAGAUUGA